AUGUUCCAGAAAUGGAAUGUAGUGACUUCGUCGAAGCCUCUCUCUGAUUUUAUGCUUUUGGACCCAGAAACUGAGAUUGAUGAUGAAGAGUCUGACUUUGGAGCAUUUGGGCAUGAGGAUUCAAAGCAAGACGAUGAUGAUUUGGAGCCUCAUUCAUUGCGACGUUCAAUAUUUAAAGGAUUAGACGAGGACGAUCUUCUGGAUGAUUCACUGGACUUGAAGAACCUUGGGCUUUCAGAUGCUUGUCUUGCAACUCUAGCUCAAAAAGUGAACGAUAAUGUGAAGGAUCCUUGCACGUCUUUGGAAGAUUCAGUGAAGGGCAAACCAUUUGUUACUAGUGGCGCUCUACCUGAUCCGAAGGCGUCAAUGCUAGAAGAUGGGUAUGCGGCACUAGAUAUGGAUAGAACUUCAAGGCCUACGAUAACAUUGGGAAAAGACGAAUAUGAAAGUCUUCCUUCUUACAUGAAGGCUCUAGCAUCUUGGGAGGAUCUGCUCAGUGCGGUGCAGAAAUUCAACUCGGUCCUCGGUGGCAAGAGGGAAACAAAUGGGUCUUACUACUUCCGUUCAGAUGAGAUUCCGACUCUAGGCCUUGGCCAUAAGGAAAAAGCGUACACGGUGCUGCUGACGCGAAUGAAGAGAUUUGUGGUUGAGACAAGUGACGGUGUCGUAUCUUACAGGGUUGCAUAG